AUGCAACCAUCGGCGGGCAACGUCGUCGCCAGCCAAGCCCAAGUUUUGCCGAAGUUGGACGACCAGAAGAAGGAUGAGCAGCCCGAAUGCGACAUGGUGCAGCUGCACAUCCAGAAACUAGCCCAGCAGCAAAUGGCCGCCCAAGCUCAAGCGCAAGCAGCCCAGCAGGCCGCCGCCGCCGCGCAACAGGCCGCCAUUGGCCCUCAGAUGCCAAAUCAGCAACCCACCCCCGGCGACCCAUCCACCUCCUCUCAAGACGCAGCCCCGAAACGGUUGCACGUUUCGAAUAUCCCCUUCCGGUAUCGGGAUCCCGAUCUACGGUCCAUGUUCGAGAAGUUCGGCACGGUCACUGAUGUCGAGAUCAUCUUCAACGAGCGCGGCAGCAAGGGCUUCGGCUUCGUGACGAUGGAAAAGCCGGCCGACGCCGAAAAAGCGCGCCAGGAGCUCCACGGGGCCGCCGUUGAGGGCCGAAAAAUCGAAGUGAACUUG